AUGUUACUUACUGAUGUUGUCUGGGUUAGCACGGAAACAUUUGGCUGGUGGCCUGCAGAGAUAAUAAGUCAAAAUAAAUCCGAAAAACCUUUACGUGUCCAACUUUUUGGAGAUAUCCCGACAAAAAUGGUGGAACUUGACAACACGUCAGGUACAUUUAUUCUCCCAUUUCGCUGUGACAAGUCUUCCGAGUUUUUGGAGAAUGGAAGAAAUUCUGAUAUGAAAAAAAUAUUUAAAACCGCGGUUUCAGAAGCUGAGGAAAAAGAAACCGAAGAAAAUGAUGGCUUACCCAGUGAGGACUACGCUUUUCAUAAAAUUGUUGAUUCUGUUGACUCUACAAAGCCAUCGAAACGGAGAAAGAUUACUCCUGAGAAAA